AUUAGAUAUGGAAAACGAUUCUAGUUCAGAUGAUGAUACAGAUGAUUCCUGCGAAGACGAACAGGAUGCCGCUACUUCUAACGGGCACAGAUCUACCAGAGAAAUACAAUGGUGUCGAGUACGACCACAUAGAAAAAAAGUGGUAUGGCCACCUCCUUCGAACUCCACGCCAUCUACAUCUACUCACCUCAAACGAAUAACAGCGGGUAAUUUAUCUACAGGAAGUCCCUUGUUUGGAUCCAAGAUGCAACUAUUUUCUCAAACUGGUUAUCAUUUAGCUGUAUAUCCGGAUGGAAAAAUAAGAGGAACACCAGAUGAAAACGACCUCCACACUUUUUUGGAAUUGACGUCUGCUGGUUAUCCAGGACAUGUACGAAUAAAAGCUUUAUUAACAAAUUUGUAUAUAGCUAUGGAUAGAAGAGGAAAGCUUUAUGGAGAAGCAGAUCCAAUGAUGGAACCUACAGUAUUUAUAGAAUCAUUCCAAGGCUCUUACACGGUGUAUCUAUCAAGAAAAUAUGCCCAUAAUGGUUGGUACAUCGGUAUACAAAAGAACGGUAAAAUUAAAAAAGGACCAAGAACCGGUUAUGGGCAAAAAGCUAUCAAAUUUUUACCAAGAAGAUCAAGAUUUAUAAUGAAUAAGGAUGGUCAGCCAUUUUCGAAUCACGUUCGACUUUGGAGCCAAACUGGAUUUAACUUGACCAUAAGGUCUACUGGACAAAUUAUUGGUACAGAUGAUGAUUCGGAUCUAGAUAGUUUAAUAGAAAUAACUUCAGGAGGAGAUGUCAGUUUAGUACGAUUAAGAGGAAUUAAUUCCCAGUUAUACGUAUGUUUCGAUCAUAAUGGUCAUUUAUAUGGAGAGAAGAAUCCAGAAAACGAAGGUACUAUAUUCAAAGAAGCAUUUAGUGCAUCUUAUACUACAUUCCAAACACAACUCGAUUCCAAAGAAUGGUUUAUAGGGAUUAAAAAAAAUGGACAACCAAAAAAAGGUCAACGAACUGAAGGUGGACAAAAAGCUGUUCGGUUUUUACCUCGUAGAUAACAUGAAAU